UUAAUGAGUUCCUUUUCGAUGGAACAAUGGCUAAUGGGCUUAAUGAUGCAAAUAUAUGUCUUAUACGGUUAUACCUAAGAAGGAGAAGCCAAAUGAAAUGUCACAAUUCCGACCAAUAAAUCUAUGCAAUGUCAGUUACAAGAUAAUAUCCAAGGUCCUAUGCCAAAGAUUGAAAAAAAUAGUACCAGACCGAAUAUCUGAAACACAAUCAGCUUUUGCUGCUGGACGACAGAUAACAGAUAAUGUCUUGAUAGCUCAGGAAAUGUUCCAUGCUCUGCGCACGAAUUCUGGGGGAAGAGAGAAGCGAAUGGCGAUAAAGACUGACAUGAGUAAGGCAUAUGAUAGGUUGGAGUGGGAUUUUAUUAGUGCGGUCUUGAAGAAGAUGGGUUUUUCAGAUACAUGGAUUGAAUGGAUAAUGCGCUGUGUAUCAUCAGUGAAAUACCAUGUCUUAUUCAAUGGGCAGCCGAGGGGAAAUAUAACCCCUCAACGGGGUUUACGACAAGGAGAUCCUUUGUCUCCUUUCAUAUUCAUCUUAUGCACGGAAGCGCUCGUUAGCCUUCUAAAUCAUGCAGAGAAUCAAGGAAAGAUUACGGGGAUCCGCGUUUCACGUGCUAGCCCCCCGGUAUCCCACCUUCUCUUUGCUGAUGAUAGCCUGUUCUUUUGCAAGGCGGAGUCACGUGAAUGCGAUGAAGUUAUGAAAGCACUUGGGACCUAUGGAAAAGCCUCGGGACAAUGCAUUAAUUUUGAAAAGUCGUCCUUACUCUUUGGUAAGAGGAUACCUGGACAUGUCAAGGAUGGUCUGAAACUAUCAACUGGGAUUGCAAAUGAGGGAGGAAUGGGUUCCUAUCUUGGUAUCCCUGAAGAUAUUAGUGGUUCAAAGGUAAGGCUCUUCGCCUUUCUGAAGGAACGUCUGCAACACCGUGUUAACGGCUGGACAGGAAGAUGGCUGACAAGGGGAGGAAAGGAGGUGCUUAUAAAGUCGAUAUUGCUGGCCCUGCCUACGUAUGUAAUGUCAACGCUUCUUCUACCUCUGGAGACCUGUGAGAACUUAGCUAGUGCCAUUGCACAGUUCUGGUGGAGCUCGAAUCCUCCGAGGAGAGGAAUACACUGGGUGAAGUGGGAGAAACUCUGCAAAUCAAGGGAGGAAGGAGGAAUAGGUUUCAGGAUGAUCCAUGAAUUUAACUUCGCUUUACUUGGCAAGCAAUUGUGGAGAUUAGUGCAAUUUCCGGACUCUCUACUGGCAAGAGUCUUGAGAGGACUGUACUUUAGAUAUAGCUCGCCAUUGCGACUAAAUGAUGCUAACAACCCCUCGUAUGGGUGGAGAAGUAUAAUGGCUGCAAAGCCAUUGAUAACGCUAGGAAUUAGACAAAAGGUGCACUCUGGAAAUGAAAUCAGGAUAUGGGAAGAUCUGUGGAUCCCAACGAUACCAGCGAGACCAGCUAGACCAAUUGCGCCAGUGCUUCACCCGAUGGUGCCAGUAAGCAGCUUGAUGAUCGGAAAUCCAAAGAGAUGGAAUACUGAAAUGCUACAGAAUUAUGUAAAUCAAGAGGACAUCUCAUUGAUUCAGUCACUGGCCAUAAGCCAGGAAUAUCGACGGGAUGGAUAUUGCUGGAGCUAUACAAGGCAUGGGAUGUACACUGUCAAAUCAGGUUACUGGGUGGCAAAAAAAUUACUAAAGGAUCAGUCACCGGAGACACAGGAGCCUAGUAUUACAAAGCUUCAGGCCUAUGCUUGGAAGAUUAAAGCUCCGACAAAAAUGAAACAUCUCAUUUGGCAGGUGAUAUCGGGCCAACUAGCAGUAACGAGUAACCUGACCCAUCGUCAUAUGCGAUGUGACAACUACUGCCCUCGUUGUGGUGCAGAUGACGAAACUGUAAAUCAUGCCAUUUUUGAGUGCCCUCCUGCAGUCCAGACUUGGGUGCAUGCAUCGACUCCAACGUCGCCGACUCUAUUCCCAAGUGGAAGUCAGUUUUCGAAUAUUGAUUACCUAUUCUGGAGGAAGAAUGAUAUCGCAGAACCGGAACUGGACAGGGACCCGUAUCCUUGGAUCAUAUGGUAUAUUUGGAAAGCGAGGAAUGACAAACUCUUUAGAGGCAUCGACAGGGACCCUUUGGAAACUGUCAGACAUGCUGAAUCUGAAUGCCAAGCUUGGUUUGACGCAAACCAAAGACCAGACGAAAUCGUGGGAGAACAAAUCACGGUAGAGACUCCAACCUCCGAGCGAUGCUUGAUAGAUGGGUCAUGGACACAUGACACACUCUUUAGUGGUUAUGGGUGGACAUGGGUAAGUUCAAGUGGAGCAUUGCAACUAUUGGGAGCAAGAAAUCAACAACGGCGAAUCUCUCCAUUGCAUUCUGAACUGGAAGCACUAUCGUGGGCAAUGGAGUGUAUGUUACAGGUAUCGACAUGCCAAUCUUUUGGGACUGACUGCAAGGAAUUAAUCGCGAUGACCAAAGAACCGGGAGCAUGGCCGAGCUUCUCUACCGAGCUGGAGGAGUUUAUGAAGCUGAAAGCAAGAUUCACGGAGUUCUCGAUUGUUUUUGUACCUCGUCAGGAAAAUGUAUUGUCUGAUUCAUUAGCUAAGAUAGCGAGGUCCUUCCAUAGGGAGUUGUAUUAUAUUGGUUGUUCUGUUCCGGUCUGGUUCCCCAGACCACCUCAAGCUUGAGUAAUAGAAUAGCCGUUUGAAGAAAAAAAAAAAACUAUGAUAAAUAGAAUAACACAUACAAUUUUAAGAAAAUAUAGAAAUCACAAGAAACAUUUAACUUAUUUUAAUUAUGUUUUUUCCUCUUCUUCUUAUCACAAAGCUUAUUUUUCAAUUUUAAAAGAAAUAACAAUAGAUUAAGAGAAACUUAUCCCAAGAAUACAAAGAGUGGUUUAGUUUCAAAAGAAAUAUGUUUUCUAUCAAAAAUAAAAAUUAACAGAAAGAUAAAAAAAUUACAAGAAUUUAAAUAUUUCUAAAACGCAUAUAGAGGUGUAAUUAAUUAAUUUUGAAAAUUUAAGUUAUGAUUAUAUCAAAAGGUUUCCAAGAAUAUUAAUAGUAAUCUAUAUACAAGUGAUUGGAACUUUUCAAAAAGUAUUUUUACCAAUAUAUCAAAUUAAAUAACAACUUUGUAAUAUACCCAUAUAUAAAAGUUCAAAAAAAAAAAUGCUCUAAGCCAAUGUUUCAAAUUUUUGUGAAUAGUCACGGUUCUGAGGAUCUUGAUGUUAAAGAUGUAAAUUUGUUCAAGUAGAUUUUCUCCAAAAAAAAAACUGUCAAAAAAUCUAUCAAAGUCAAUCACCUUCACUCGUAGAUUAUAUUAUUCUAACCAGAAAAAAAAAAAGAAAAAUCUUAGAAAAUGGACCAACGGUGUGGAAUCAAAAAGUCUUAAAUUCAGACGCACAACCCAAAUCAGAAGAAAAAAAAGCAAAAUUUAGAAUGAACUUGCGUUGAACUAUCUCAACAAUGGUCAUUUUCAACAAUGGAGAAAAAACCAGAGGAAGUAACAAGGCAAGUCCUACAAGGACAAAGGUUGCAUGUUACAAAUCUUUUAAAAAGUAGAUAUGACCCAUCAUGCUAAAUUGGCUUUUUUUGUCAACUUAUCAUUCUAUUGAUAAAGCGUAUUGGGCUAGAUUACAAGUAAAUUCAUACAAUCCAAUCCCACCAAAAUAAAAGUCCCAUAAGAAAAUUAAACCUAAGGGUCCAAAUCCAAUUUAUUGAUCUGAAGACACCAUCUUCAAGAAACACAUUUUUUUUUGAAUUGAAUGUUUAAUUUAAUUCAAAAGGAAAAAAAAAAACUGUUUUUACAUCAAGUAUUCUCUACUUUCUGAUCACAAGCAUAAAGAAAAUAUCUAAAAUUCUCAAAUUUUAAAAGCCUCCAAAUUUUGUGCUUCCUUCUCAACUCUGCCUUCUACCAAACCAGAUAGCCAUCCCACCUUCAUAAGAUUUAUCUCCUCUCCUUUUAAUGACGGUAAAUCUGUUUCUCAUGUUCUUGUCUAUCCUUCUGAUAAAGAGUGUGGCUGGACAUGGAGCUUCACCAUGCCUUCUUCUGUUCCUUUCCCUCCAAAUUGUAUGAACCGUGGACAGAAGUAUAUACUUGGCAAUGAAUACCAUAAUUUUACUCCAAUUCAAAGCUGUUGUAAUGAGCCGUACCAGCCUAUUCCAAUAAACUAUGUACUGAUCCCUCAUUACACCUUUCAUAAGAGCCUCCUAGAUUUGUGCUCAAUAAGCACACUCAAAGAAUAAGUGGUUUAAAGUUUCCAGCGGUUUCUGGCAUAAAACGCAAGAUACAUUUGCAUUUGCUUUCUAACUUCUCAUUCUAUCACAUGUUGAAAGUCUCCCCUUCAUUGUCAACCAAGUGAUAAAUGAGAACUUUGGAGUAGUAUAUUUAAACCAUACAACCGGGUACCAAUCAAACACUUGAUACUUCUCUCUUAUACUCAUCCAUGUUUCUUUGGUACAAAACUGUCUCUUGUACUGUCCUUUCUCAUUUCUCCACAGUGACACAUCUUCCUCAUGAGUUAAGUUUGCUUUGUACUUCUCAAUCUCUUCCUCAACUCUGUUUAAUAUUGUGAUUCGAUGACGCCUUCUUCGAUGGUUUCUGCUUUCAGCCACAGUUGCAUUUAUCGAAAUCCUCAUAUCAAUGUAGCCUCUAUCUCUUAGCACCUCCUUUAAAGAACCCAAUGACGACCACAUCUCAUGCCUGAAGGAUGCUUUCUUACCAUCUCUUACUUCAACUCUAUAGAACAACUUUGCAAUCUCUCGGUAUUUAAGUUUUCGUGUUAGCUAAAGACCUGAAGCCUACGCACUAAAACAAUGCAAAUAAACAUCUGACACUUUCUCUCUCUUCUUUUUGUUCCAACUAUGUCUGUUUCUCCUCCAUGUGCAUGUCUUCUCCUCCACAACCACCUCCUCCGAUUCCCAAAUUCUCCAAAUCUAGGGUUUGGGCUCCGAUCUUACUAUUUUUGGAUCCUCGGCUCUUUAGAGAAAAUCGAGCUCAUGAGAGUCGUCGCUGAUGAUGAUUCUUCUUCUUCUCCGCCUAGCGUGUUUCGAUUCGAUAGAUGUGAAGGUGAAGCUAGAGGAAGAGUCGGAUUGCGUGAAGAAGACUUGGCCUAGACGCGGUCGUCUGCAGAGAACAAAUGGGAAAGCUUCUCCGAUUUCUCCGAGAAAGAGGAGAGAAGACGAAGAUGUUUGUUUCGUUUGCUUCGAUGGAGGUAGUCUUGACCUCUGCGAUCGUAGAGGGUGUACAAAGGUGUACCACCCAGUUUGUAUAAGCGUACUGAAGCUUUCUUCAUAUAAAGAUCAAAAUGAAACUGUGGUUGGCAUAUAUGUAGCGUGUCAGAAGGAUUCUUUCUACACGUGCUAUACUUGUCCUUAGUUUGUUUGCAAGAAAUGCGUUAGAAGCUCAAAGUAUAUAGUUGCUUAUUGAGAAUGCAGCAGCUGAAGCUAACAAAGAAAAGGUGCAGGUUGAUUUUGAUGAUCAAGGCAGCUGGGAGUAUCUUUUCAAAAUUUAUUGGGUUUCUCUUAAGGAAAAGUUAUCUUUAUCGUUAGAUGAUCUUACCAAAGCAAGAAACCCAUGGAAAAUCUUCUAAGAGGAAAGCUACUAACCGGCUUCAUGAAAAGGACGGUAGUUUGUAAACAUUUUUUUUCUGCAAUUAGAGAGCCUGUUACAAAAAAUAUACUCCCUCUGUUUUUAAAAGAUGCAUAUUCUAGAUUUUUCACAUAUAUUAAGAAAACUCAUUAAAUAUGCAUUGUUUUUUGUGAAUAACAAUUUUCCAUAACUUUAAGCCAAUAGAAAUUCAAUAAACACCAUUAAUAUUUUUGAAACUUACAAUUUUUCAUAAAAUCAUACAUUGGAAAAGUAAAAAAUGUAUCUUUUUACAACAAUUUUUUUUUCUAGAACAUAUAUCUUUUAGGAACGGAGGGAGUAUAUUCAAAUAGUCAUCAUUUACUAAUUCAAAUGAGAGUGUUCUUAAGCUGAGACCCACUUAUAACCGCAAACCUCUCUUUCUGAAGUCGAAUCUUCUCUUUACUCUUUUAGUUCAAAUCCUUCCCUCCAACGGCCACUUCCACUUCCAUCUCAUCCUCUCCAUUCGAGCUUUCCCUGUUCUUCCUCCUAUAAUAUGAAUUAUGGUAUGAUUCAGCAAUAUGCAAUGCACACAGUAAUAUUAAACUCGCUUUAGCAGCUUAUCAGAUAGUAAAUGGAGUAUCAACAUUGACAAGUAACAUUAAAAUUAUAGAGAAUGGAAAUGCACAGUAUGAUACAAUCCUUAUUGCAACUAAGUUGGUGUCUUUUAUUAUCAUAUUAAUUAUCCUAUUUCAGGUCAGAUAAGGAGGAAUAUUUAUUGUUGAAGCGCUUAGAAAAAUAAAUAAAUAGAGGAAGACUUCUUGCUGCAGCAUUUUGGUAUAUGUUUUUUUAAUGACAACAAACCAUUAUAUUAUUCA